CAAUUACAAACGAUAGAAAUUUGUGAUACAUGAUGAAAAGGAUGCAAAAUGAUUUCUAUACUUCUCUGUCGAAAAGUAAAGGAAACCUUGAAGACUGCAGUGAUAAUGCUAACUUCUAGAGGAGAGGCAUCUAAUACUAUCCGCUCCUACUGUUAGGCAACCAACACAUCAACAUGUAAUGAAAGUCCUAUAAUCGCAUGAAGAAAUAUUGUAUCAAAACAUUCAAAACAUAACCAAACAUAACCUUUUAUGUUUACCAUAACAUUUUUACCGAAUGUUGUCUGCCGUUUCCUCCAAAAAACCUCCAAUAUGAGUGUAUUCAUUCAAAAACUGAACCCAAUGACCGGCGCUAACGACUGGAUAGUCCAAAAUGAGGACUACGACUACCAUCAAGAAGUUGCUAGAUCGUCUUUUGCAGACAUGUUGCAUGAUACCGAAAGAAACCAACUCUACGAGAAAGCUUUGAAGGCGGCAAUACAAAAAAUGCAUUCUAAGGGCAAGAAAGCCAACGUUUUGGACAUAGGUACAGGAACAGGGUUGCUCUCAAUGAUGGCUGUUAGAAAUGGUGCAGAUUCAGUGGUAGCUUGUGAAGCCUUCAAACCAAUGGCACAAUGUGCCCUGAAAAUUUUACAAAUCAACGGACACCAAGAUAAGAUCAAAGUGGUUCACAAAAGGUCCACAGAAUUGAUUGUUGGUGAACAAGGUGAUAUGAAGGAACGUUGUAACAUAUUAGUUACAGAAGUAUUUGAUACAGAACUGAUAGGUGAAGGUGCUCUGUCUACUUUCAGUCAUGCCCACAAAAACCUUCUAGAAAAAGACUGUAUUGUGGUGCCUGAUUCAGCUACAAUAUAUGCUCAAGUGGUAGAAUGUCCCUUAGCCCAAACCUGGAACAAACUCAAGGAUAUUUUUGAUGACAAUGGUGAGCUUCUCAUAAGAGUCCCUGAUGCCAUAAAAAAUUGUGCAGGUACAGCAGCAGUACAUGAUAUACAAAUGAGCCAACUGCCUAGACAUUCUAUAAACACCAUUGUCUCUCCCUUGCCAGUACUUAGAUUCGAUUGGUCUGGCAGGACACCAUUUGUUUAUGAAAGAUCCACCAUAAAUACUGUCAGGUCUGAGAGGGAAGGGAAAGCUCAAGCAGUUUUCAUGUGGUGGGAGCUCCAGAUGGACACUGAAGGUAAAGUAAUAUUGAGUUGUGCCCCUCAGUGGGCCCACCCUUUGAACAAAAUACAGGGUGAUGUGGAAGUUCCUUGGAGGGAUCAUUGGAUGCAAGCAGUGUAUUAUCUUCCAAGGGAAGUGAGGGUCCGGAAAGAUCAAGAAAUCAGCUUGAUAAGUUGUCAUGAUGAAUACUCACUGUGGUUCAACUUAGUGGAAGAUUUGAAGAUAUCUGAUCUGCAUUAUCUGAAUCCUGUUUGUGAAUGUGGUUUGCAUGUGAAUUUCUCCAGGACUAGAAUUGGUCAAAUGAAUGAUGCGAAAAGGAACAAAAAGUUUAUCUCUCUACUGGAGAAAUAUGUGAAUAAAGAAAGCACAGUACUUGUUUUGAGUGAUGGUUGCUACUUUGCUUUAGCAGCAGCCAAGUUUGGGGCCAAACGAAUAUAUUUUAUGGAAACAAAUCAUAUUUCCAAGCAGAUCUUACAAGAGUACAUAAAGUCUAAUGAUAUUCAGAAUGUGGAAGUUCUAGCAUCUUUAGAAAAACUUGAAGAAUUGGAUUUGAAGAAUAUUGAUAUAGUCUUAGGUGAACCAUACUACACUAGCACAAUUCUGCCAUGGGACAAUUUACAAUUCUUGUACAAUUUGAAAGGGUUGAAGAAUUAUUUAAGGAAUAAUGUCAGUAUAUUUCCAAAGAAAGCCAUCAUCAAAGGUGUGGCUAUUCAUUUCAAAGAUCUGUACAAAAUAAGGUCAUCCCUGGGGACUUGUGAAGGAUUUCUCAUGAAAAGUUUUGAUGAUCUCAUCGAGGAAUCCAGUAAUGUAAGUGAUGAUAAUUUAGAAGCCCAACCUCUCUGGGAGUACCCUGGCUAUGCCCUCAGCACAGAAAUAGAAAUAGCAACCAUAGAUCUGACCAAUCUUUGUGGUGAAUCAUUAGAAGAGAAAGGAACAUUUCUAAUUCAAGGUGAUUUGGACUGCAAUGGUAUAGCUCUGUGGGUGGACUGGAAUUUGGAUGAUUCACCAAAAAGCACUGUGACAACAGGACCGGUUCUUCCUAUCCAAGUGGGAGAAAAAAUCCAUUGGGAUAUGUACACUAGACAGGGUGUUUGCCUCUUCUCUGGUAGAACUGACAAGGAGGUACCUUACAGUUUCAAAUUUGAUUUUUCUGAUGGAAAUAUCACUUUCAAAUGUAUAUAGAUAUUGAAAUAUUAUGUUUAUUAUUUAUAUGUUAGUUAUUAUCAAAUAUACUUUUGAAGUAUUAGAUU